GUGGCCGAGGCGGGCGGUCAUUCCUUAGGGAACCUCCCGUGAGCGCGCGCGCUCUCUCUCUCACUCUGGGUGGCGCGGAUCCACCAGACUGACACCCGCGCUCGAGAAGCCGCAGGGACUUCAAGAAAUGGCAGAUGAAGAUAAAACAAUGUCUGCCAACCUAAAAUACCUUUCCUUGGGAAUUUUGGUCUUUCAGACUACCAGUUUGGUUCUGACAAUGCGUUAUUCUAGGACUUUAAAAGAGGAGGGACCUCGUUAUCUAUCUUCUACAGCAGUGGUUGUUGCUGAACUUUUGAAGAUAAUGGCCUGCAUUUUAUUAGUCUACAAAGACAGCAAAUGUAGUCUAAGAGCACUGAAUCGAACACUACAUGAUGAAAUUCUUAAUAAACCUAUGGAAACACUUAAACUUGCUAUUCCAUCAGGGAUAUACACUCUUCAGAAUAAUUUACUCUAUGUGGCAUUGUCAAAUCUAGAUGCAGCUACUUAUCAGGUCACAUAUCAGUUGAAAAUUCUUACGACGGCACUAUUUUCUGUGUCUAUGCUUAGUAAAAAAUUAGGUGUGUACCAGUGGCUCUCCCUAGUAAUUUUGAUGACAGGAGUUGCUUUUGUACAGUGGCCCUCAGAUUCCCAAGAGCUUGAUUCUAAGGAACUUUCGGCUGGCUCUCAAUUUGUAGGCCUCAUGGCAGUUCUCACAGCAUGUUUUUCAAGUGGCUUUGCUGGAGUUUACUUUGAGAAAAUUUUAAAAGAAACCAAACAAUCGGUGUGGAUAAGAAAUAUUCAACUUGGUUUCUUUGGGAGUAUAUUUGGAUUAAUGGGUGUAUACAUUUAUGAUGGAGAACUGGUAUCAAAAAAUGGAUUUUUUCAAGGAUAUAACCGAAUGACCUGGAUAGUUGUUGUUCUUCAGGCACUUGGAGGCCUUGUAAUAGCUGCUGUUAUAAAAUAUGCGGAUAAUAUUUUAAAAGGAUUUGCGACCUCUUUAUCCAUAAUAUUAUCAACACUGAUAUCCUAUUUUUGGCUACAAGAUUUUGUGCCCACCAGUGUCUUUUUCCUUGGAGCCAUCCUUGUAAUAGCAGCGACUUUCCUAUAUGGUUAUGAUCCCAAACCUGCAGGAAAUCCCACUAAAGCAUAGUCGAAUAUUGUCUUUAAUGGGUUUUCACAAUGGUGCACUAGGAAUCUCAACAUUAAGCCUAACAGAAGACUUCUACAGAUUCUAAGAAGGUAUCAUGCUGAAUCUGAUUAUAUUGUUCAAAUGGUUUGAAAAUAUAAAUGUUUAAGGAUAAAAUAUGUGUAUAUGUAACAAAAUUCCUAUUGCAUCUAGAAAUCAAAACUUGAAAGUAUUUCCAGGGAUUAGAAUUAUUGGAAGAAACUUGAAAUCUGAAUUUAAAAAAUAUUUUACCUUUUUGAUUACUGCAGAAAUAAAUGUCCUAUGCACUCUUUGCAAGAGCACACAAACAACAAAUGCCAGAUAUCAAUUUCUGCAAAUUAGAUCUAUUUAAUCUUAUUAAAUGUUUUUUAAUCUUACUAUUUCUGUACAGAUAUAUCAAAUUAUGUGGAAUAUUCAAAGUUUGAAAAUUAUAAUUACCUAUAAAGCUGUGAAGAAAUAGAAGUUUGAUCUUAAUAUCAUUUUCAUGUACCUGAGAUUUUUAUAUUUAUACAGAAGAUUACUAAGCAAAGGAUUGCUAAAUGUUAUUUGUUCACUUACACAAAAAUUGGUAAAGUAACAUUCUGAGUCUGAUUUGUCAGAGAAUAAAAAUUCAUAUUUAAAUUUAAUGUAGAGAAAUAUACACAUCUGUUUCUCCAUCUACAUGUUAAGAUCUUUUACUCUUUCAAAACUGCUGAAAGCAAUCCGGAGGCUCUCUGGCUAGAUAAUAGCCAGUGACCUCUACGCUAAUGGAGUUUUGUCCUUAUCCUCUUAAUUGCAUUUCUUUUCUGUAAAUCAAAUAAAUCUUUAGUAUUACUUUAAAUUAAAUUCUGUGUGUAAAUUUCCAGUAAAGUUUUAAUAUGUAAUUUAAAGAGAUUAAAUACUCAUUUAAUAAUUUAAAAUUAUUAUCUAAUAUCUCCAUCUGGAGAAUUUUGAACUAUCAAAGCAUGUACUGUAUACAAUUAGAAUGUUUUUAAAUGAGUAUUUUACUCAUUGAUCUGUAAAAACUUCCUUUAAUCUACAACUGUUGACAAAAAACACCAAAAAGUUAGUAGGACUGAUAUCAAUGAAUUGAGACCAAAAUGACUUUUCUUGGAGACAUUCCAGGUUGCCAUGAUAUUACAUUAUUUUAAAUAGCACUAUAUCUAUAAAUUCAGGGCUGCUCAGCAGAACUUCAUGGGCCUCUCAUAAACCCAGGAACACUCUGAUCACAUGUCUGGGAGAGCUAGCUGAGUUCCAAGUUCCCUUUCUGUGGCCCUACCACAGCUGCUGGGGAGAAGCCACCGCUGGGCUUUAAAUAGUGGUUUCUUUUCCACUUUGAUUAGCACUAGAGUUGAGGUUACAAUUAUACAAGUUAUUUAAUAACUUGGCUCACGGGAGAGAAAAUAUAGCAGAAAUGAUAAGAUGGAUUGGGCAAAAAAAUCAGAAUGUAGGUUUAAUUUCAUUAUCUGCUAGACAAAAUUACCCAUUGAGUAUAAGAAGUAUUUGAUUUCUUUCACUCAUAUUUUACAUAUUUUUAAAAGUUUUCUGUUGUAAUGGUAUAAAAACUGUAAAAAGUAAAUAUUUUUAUGUCAUUCUAAUGGAUUUUGUCGAACAGAAUUUGGCUCAAAAAUACUAUUUUACAAACUUGGGUACUCUUGGCUAAUUAGGAUGGGCUGUGUUACUCUGCUGAUGCAAUCCUAGUCUUUAUAAGACACAGGCUUAAUCUAUUUCAUUCAGAGUUCAAAUGUGUUAAAAUUACAAAAUAUUUUAAAUCAUUUUGCUGGUGAUUCCAAAAUGUCACCAAGUAAAUUUUCUGGAAACUUGACUUAAUGAUUUUCAAUGGCCAGGUAAAAAUACCUGUUCAAAUAUUUGCUUAAUAACUUUACCACAUUUCGAGCAUAGUGUUUUUAGACUGUGGCAACACUCAGACUUACGUCUUAUUACCUACUGCUAAGUGAAAUCUAAAUCUUGCAAAUGCACAGAAUUUGAGAUUAAAUGUAAAGAUUUAUGUUCAGUCCACAAGAAGUACUGGUUAGGUACUUAUGUAUUAAUCAGUAGGCAUUCACAAUUAAUUGUUAAUUCAGGUUUAAUCUGUCCCUAUUUUAACAAUUCAAAAAAUGAUAGAAGGGCAUGAUUGGAUAUCAGACAUGUUAGUACAGUAAUAAAAUAUUUUCAGGUGUCCAAAAUAACACAAUUUUAAAGAUUCCCAAGAAAAUUUAUAAAAUUGUAAUCAAGAGUUAUAAGGAGAAAAUAGUCUAAAGUAUAUUUUCAAAGCAAUUUUUUAUUGUAUUUUGCUUUUCCAGUUAGUAGGUUUGAAAAUGUUAUUAGAGAUUGGGUUGUGUAGUUUAUAAUUUUUAAUUCAUAAAGAAAUAGUCAUAUUUCAAAAGAUGAAUCUAUAUCUUGUCAUAAUACAGAUAAUGCCAUUUUCUUGUGUGCGAUAUGUUUUGAUGACCUCCAAAAAAGCCUUAUUGUAUUAACCUUUUAUAAUGAUGACACCUUGAGCAUUUAAAUUCUUAUACUUUUUAAAGUUUACUUAUCUCUCAACUACUUUAUUCAUUAUAAAAAUGUGCUAAUUCAUGGGAGGAAAGUGCCAAUUGAUAUUCUAUUAAACUUAAGAAUAUGGUAUUUAGAAAUAAAAGUUUGAAAUGCCACAUGUAGAUGUUUCAACACAGUAAUGUUAUCAGUUCUGUAAUAAAUGAUUUUAGAGAAGUUAUAGGCUACUUUUAUGGUAGAAAAUGUAGUUUAGAGAUGCAAAAUUUAAAUGUUUACAUCAAUAUAUAUUGAAUGUCACAAUUUCAUAGAAGGAAAAGUAAUUUGAUAUGUAAACUAGAUUUCAAGGAGAAAGAAUCUGAAACUAAUUGAUGUUGUGCUCAGUAGACAUAAUGCAAUGCUGACUAUUCUUAAGAAUUGAUAUUUCUCCUACAUAUCAAAUUAUUGGACUUUUAAAAUGUCAUUGUAUAGUCAUUCAACUGAUUUUUUUUUUUUUUAAAAAAACAGGGUUUAGCAUUACUCGUAUUUACACUUUCAUUGUUAUAAUAUUUAAUUACAUAUAGAUGCAUGCUUUACAUAAGAAAAGGUUUAUAAAAAUUAUUUAUGCUAUAUUGACAGUCAUCUUAAGGCUCUCUAAGAUAUGUAGCAUAUUUAAAUUAUAGGACCAAAGAAAAAACAACUGUUAUCAAACUCUGGUCCUGUGUGCCUUGCUUUACCAAAAUACCUGACUUUUCUAUAAGAUAUUACUGUAAUUCACAACUUCGGACACAUGGGCAAAAUUAGGAUGUUUUAAAAAUAACUAUAAUUCAAUGUUUUAGUUUUUCAACAUUUGCUCUUUAUAUCUAUUAUCUAACAGAAUAUUAAAAUGGGUAUAUAAGCGUUAGAGAAUAGUGCUUAUUUAAAUAAAUUAUGGCAUCAUUGCUCCAUCAUUGAGCUUUUGAAACUUUAACAAUUGUAUAUAACUGUCAUUUUUUAUUUCUUAUUACAAGAUAUAAUUUACUGUGAUUUAAAAAAUAUUUUUAAUGAUUUGGAUUCUGAAUUUGUCUAUAUGUCUGUAUUUUAUUUGUUUGAAAGAUUCUUUUGGGUUUGGGAAUAUAAUUUGUAUAUUUAAAUUUUUUAUGGUGUAAUUCAAAGGACUAUAUAAACUGGUCUUUUGUUAAAUGGCUUUUUAAAAUUGA